AUGAAUAGAAAGGAUGCCCACAGAUGGAGGAUCCCAGAAUGCUACAUAGUGAAGGGAGGCCUGAGGAGGAGACUCUCCAAGGGGGGACCCUCCCCCUCGGUGAACAAACUAAAUCGAUGUGCAGUGACUCCUCUGAGUGGCGAAGCGUGUGGUAAUGAUUACACCAAACCGAACAAACAUUACGAAGCGCACAUUCGAAACGUGUGUGAGGAGCUACAACAAAUGAAUGACAGGGAAGACAAGAUGAGGCACCUGAUGAGGGAAAACACAAACGUGUGUACAGUCAAUUUGAGUGAACCAGUGGACAGGAGGAGCUUCACCUUAAGGCAUAAGUCGAAGUCGGGCUCCGCAGGGAGAGACUACUUCAUUAAUGAGGUUAGCGAAGGAGUCCUUUACAGAUAUGUGGAAAGGUGCAACUCAAAUUUGUACUUAGCUGUCGAUGUAGUGGAUGCUGGAGGGGAAGAAGGUUGCGAAGUGGAUUUGAUUUGUCCCCCCUCUGAGCAGUCCCUCCGUCGAAGUGACCACUCGUGUGAUACGUCCCAUUGGCAAAGCAUCCUUAGAAGGAAGAAGUUCACCAUCACCGUGGAUGGGUUCAGUGACAACAUUGUCUUGUUCUCCUUCUUGCGGGUUCUUCUAAAAGGACUUAAGAGGCUGGACCUGCAAUGCUUUCUCAACAUGGGGUUCGAAGGAGUGGUAAAUCAGUUGAGCCACCUCUACACGAUUCACGUGAAUUGGGAACAAAUCGCUGGGCAUGUGAUGAGUCAAGUGGAGCGAUUCCUGGGGAGGCUCUGCAGGGAGGUGGAAAACCAAGGGGUGAGUAAGCGCCUGUUAGGCCGCCCGCCCGUCCAAAGAAACAUGCACAUGUAUCGGUACCCACGCGUGGCGCACAUGCUCAGUGGAGGGGUGGAUUCCUUGAUGGCACUACGACUCUUGGAAAGAAAAAAAUUCCACGUCCACAACUUUUUCCUGAACUUUGCGCACCAAGAUUGUAGCAAGAGUGAUCUCAAAUAUGUGAAGAAAAUCUGUGCGAAGAGGAAGAACCUCUUUAUUGUUAACAUUAAUGAGGAGUAUACUGAGGAGGUGCUGAUCCCUAUGCUGCGUAGCUACUCCGAGGGGAACAUCCCUAACGCGGACAUCCUCUGCAACGAGAAGGUAAAGUACAAUUUACUCAUCAGGACAAUGAGGAAGCUGUGUAGGGAGAGAGGCGAUGGGUGGGACUACUCCUAUGUGUCCACUGGUCACUAUGCCAUGAUAAGCACGAACGAUGAGAGAAACGCGAAUAGGCUCUUCAGCCGGGAUUUCCCCUAUGUGGGUGAUGACACAGAUGGGGAGGUUAAAGGGAGAACCCCGCGCAAGAGGUACCGAUUAAUCGUCGGCAGGGAUGAGAAGAAAGACCAGACCUUCUUUCUGUCCUCCUUCUCGGAGAAGCAGCUGUCUAGGUUUCUGUUUCCGCUUUGCCUCCACCGGAAGAGUGAUGUUAAGCGGAUCAUGGAGGGACGGGCCGCCGGGAAGUACAACCGGAAGGAGACGCGCGGUUUGUGCCUCUACGGGCGGGUGGACAUGAACUCGCUGCUGGGGCUGUACUUGGGGGGGGGAAGCAUGACCAGGGUAGGUAGCGAGGGGGAGUCGGAAGGGGGUUCAAUUGAAAGAGAAAGAGGUCCAGUUGAGAGGGAAAAGGGUCCACUCGAGAGGGGAAGAAAUCCAACCGAGAAGGAAAGGAGCUCAGCCGAGGAAUCUCUCCCCAUAAAAGCCGCUAGUGGGGCUGCCCGCGCCCUACAAUGGGACACGAACCAGCUGCGCUCGCCCGAGUUCCGCGCCUUCCAGGAGAAGCACCUUCCCUCAUUCGACCUCCGCUUUAAGAAUUACAUAAUAAACGUUGAGGACGGAACGGUGCUGGACACGAAUGAAGGAAUCCAUCUGUAUGCCAUUGGACAGAAGAAACACAUAACAAAUCAUUUGCACCAGGUGUACAACGCGAAAGGAAGAGGUCGGAGCUGUCAGAAGAACUUCAUAUCGUCAUGUCAGUGGACAGUCGUUUAUAAGAAGAUGUUGAGAUGUGGCAAUGGAGACGUGAAGGAGAGUUUUAAGGAAAACUUCAUCUACGUCAGCCGUGAUUACGGAAGUGCGCUGUUUCGGCACCUUCGUGGUCGAUGCAAAUUGGGGGCUUUUCGCUGGGUGGCCUCUGUCUCGCCUUCCUACCUGCGGGGGGGAGCAUCAAAAAAAGAUGCGGCAGAAAGGGACGAAGCAGAUAGGACGCUGAUCAUGCCGGCCACCAGUAGGAAGCUGGCAGGACAAUUCAUCUGCGUCAGAGUACGCAACAGCGAACAGAUAAAGGAAGCAAAGAUUGCCCUCGAUGACCUGGGAGAAACAGCAUACCUCACACUGAAGCAGAAAGAUAUUGGACUCUCCCCCGGGCAAAUAAUCACCUUGUAUCUCCCCUUCAUUGUUAAAGGGAAUGGGAAAGCAAAAUAUGUCUACUCCCUGAGGAGGGGGAAGAAGGACAGUCGCAUCUUUUUCCACUGCCUGGGGUCGGCACGAAUUAUAAACCAAUACUUGAACCGAGGGCUCUAUCGACGGCUCAUGGAGAUUCACAGAAGAAACAAUUUGCCACUUUGGGGGAGGGACAAACAUUGCGGAUUAGUCAAUUCGGAAGCGGCAUUACAGUCCUGA